UCCACUGAUAUUUCUUUUGCAUGUUGUCUAUCAAAUCAUAUGAAAAAAAGAAAAGAAACUGACAGAUAUUUUAUUUGGAUCACUGCUGCUGAAAACUAAAAAAAAAAAAAAAAGUCCGCAGAUUCCGUUUAGGUCUGUCUAUGAGAUGGUAAUAGACAUAUAGGCAUAUACAGAGUAGAGUAGGCUGGAUUUAUUUUAAACAGCACGUGGUUUAAACGUGGUUUUCAUCUUGACACAUAUUUGGCAUUUACUGAGUGUGUGUAGGCAGAGUGUGUGUGUUUCAGGAAGAGAGAGCACGCGCGCCUGUGUGUAAGCGACAGAGAGGCAGAGCUGGCGGUCAGUUUGAUGCAGACCUUCAGACCGGAGAGAUACGUGGCCAUAUGAAACUGGACUACCCAGUCAGAGAAGACAAGUUUGAGCCAUCGCUGAGUGCUCCAACCAACAUGAAGAUUUAUGUGUGUGUGUUUGUGUGUGUGUGUUGUUCCAUUACAGUUACAUGUUAGUGUGAAAAUGUUUGAAGAGAUAACUGUGGGUGUGUGUAUGUCAAAGGUGAAGUAGUGUGACUGUGAGCAGUGUGAUGGUGUUAAACAUGUCAGAGGAGGACACCAUAAACUGCACCAUCAGCCAUGAAAUCCACCAGUACCUCUUCUCCUGUGUGUAUAUACUCGUGCUGUUGGUCGGUGUUCCCUCCAACCUGUACUCUUUGUACCAUGCUGCUCUGCAGCUGAAGCAGAAGAAUGAGCUGGGAGUUUAUUUAAUGAACCUUACUGUGUCUGAUCUGUUAUACCUGGCAUCAUUGCCACUGUGGCUACAGUACUUCUUUCAGGAUGAUGACUGGAGUCACAGGGAGUGGCUAUGUCAGCUUUGUGGCUUCCUGCUCUAUGAAAACAUCUACAUCAGCAUCGGUUUCCUGUGCUGUAUUAGUCUGGAUCGCUACCUGGCUGUGGUCCACCCUUUAAGGUUCACUUCUCUUCGCUCUAUGAGCGCAGCGUGGCUUGUUACUGCCAUCAUCUGGCUGAAGGAGAUUGCUGUGGGUGUGGUUUUCUUUCGCCAUAAAGAACUGAGCAAAGACCGCAAGAACCAAUCAGUGUGCUUCGAGCACUACCCCAUGCGGCCGUGGGAGUAUCCAAUCAACUAUUACCGCUUCACUAUUGGCUUCAUGUUCCCACUGGCUAUUCUAUCGAUCAGCUACCUGUGUGUCCUUCGUGCUGUGGGUCGGAGCGCUGGGACCCAGCCGGAUCAGAAGACGAGAGUCAGGCAGUUAGUCAGCAGCACCAUCCUCAUCUUCCUCGUCUGCUUCUCUCCUUACCACGUCUUCCUGUUAGUACGCACCCUGUUUGAGCGGGACUGUGACUUCAUCACAGGAAUAUUUAACUACUACCACCUGUCAUUGUUGCUGACCACCCUAAACUGUGUGGCUGACCCUGCUCUGUACUGCUUUGUAAGUGAAAGUGCCCGCCAUGGCUUGUACAGAGCCAUAUUCCAGCCUAUUGGCAGGAUACUGUGCUGCUGCCUUCGCCGUGGCAAUGCCAGCCCUGCCAACCCAGCCACCGAUUCCCAUGAGGUUGCAACUGAUGAGAACAACGGUCAUCCAACUGUGAUGCUACUCACGCACACCAGCACAUUCAACUCAAAAUCAGACACUUCCAGCAAAAAGACAAUUUUAAUCACACAGACUAAUGAAAAAACUAUCACACCUUAAUUGUCCAAAAUGAUAGACACUCUGACAAAUAUGUGGGCAGUGAUGGAAAGCCCAGCUGUGUGAUAGCCAUGGAAGGGCAGAGCCAAGACACAGAGAGGACUGAAGAGACUGACAAGAAUUCCAGCUGACACAGUCCGAGGAGCAAAUUGCGCUAGUACAGGCCUCAGAGCAGUGGGAUCAAUAGAGCAAGACUGCUUGUAAAGGCACAGUCUAGCAGUGGCCCUGAGAGCCUGCCGCCCACCAAGCUAUGUUUACAUCAUCAUCAUCAUAUCAGAUUAUAUCAUAUCAUCAUCAUCAUCAUCAUCGUCCAGUGGCAUUAGACUGAAAACCGUUUCGUCUCUCUCAAAAGUGAUUUAUCUUCGCUUUACUACAACAACAGCCAAUGUGUGAGAGCUCAACAUAAAUCUGGCAUCUGCUUUGCCACUGUAAAUGCCCUGUUUACAUUUGUCUGGUUUAGGAUAGGAGCAAAUUGGAGGUGUAGUUUGAAAUUGACAGGAGGUUACUAUGCGUCAGGAGGUCACAGUUAUUGAUCCUUAAAGGAGUUUCCUUUAAAACAAUUGUGUUAUGCUGCCGCUUUCUAAUAAGGUACCCUUUCCCCAAGGUGCUUGUAAGUAAUGGCUUUAUGAAUGGUUAAAAAUUUAUUUAUUGAUGCUUUAUAGGUCAAUUGUAAGAAACCAUUAAAAAUGUUUGGGUUGCCUCAAAUAUGGUAUCAAUGUAUGGUCAGGGAUAGAGAAAAUAAUGUCAGUCCACCUGCAAGGACAAAAAUAGGCAACUAUAACCAUAACAUUACUUGUUUAAACAUGGUGUUUAACUAAAGCUACAGUAGGUAAUUUACAUAAAGGGUAAGGGUUAGGGAGAAACUGUCACUGUAUAUAUCAACUAAAUCCACACAGUAGAACAAACAGUAGUUUUGACAGUUAGUCAAACAAGGCAGCACUGAUUAGACAUGAAUCUGCAUGAACUGCAAUGCGUAUUUCUCACCUCAGUGGUUUUCAGAAACAUAUUUUAGUGUACUGUUGUUGAGCUUUAAAAUGGGAAAGUUGCUCUGGCUGCAGGGCAGUGCUCCACUCAACUGUUUCCAGCAUAGCUGCCAGGUCACAAACUUUCUCAUUUUACAGCUAAACAGUACACUAAAGUAUGUUUCUGAAAAGAUCUGAGGUGAGGAAUAGGCAAUGCAGUAACAGAAUCUUGAUUUAUAUUUGAUCAGCGCUGCCCACUUUGACAGUUUGACUGCAGUUCAUGAGCAGUGAUUGACAUGAUUAACAGCUGUGUUAGAGAGUUCUUAGCUCUGAUUGGUUGUUUUCCUCCAGCCAUGGUAGAUUCUAGCAAAUUCCAUUAGAGGUAAUAGGUUUAGGAGGAGGGACAUAAUUUUUUCACAGACCAUUUGUCUUACAUAAUACUGGAUGUAGUGACAGUUUCAGCAAAUAUGACAACCUCAGUUAUUUUCAUAGAAGUCAUGAACUGUAGCUUUAAGAUGUCUGUCCGUCUGUCCAUCCUGGAAGAGCGAUCCAUCCUCAGUCUCUCUUGCUGAGGUUUCUACCAUUGUUUUUCCCAUUAAAGGGUUUUUUUGGUGGGAGUUUUUCCUUAUCCACUGUGAGGGUCCAAAGGACAGAGGGAUGUCGUAUGCUGUAAAGCCCUGUGAGGCAAAUUGUGAUUUGUGAUAUUGGGCUUUAGAAAUAAAAUUGAGAAGUGUCUGAAGGGGAAAAUAGCGCAGGCCAUGGUGCAGUUUUGACAACUGUGGCUGAAACUGAGCUUUUUUUUUUGUUCUCCACAGCAUCGUCUUGUGACAAACUUGUGUUUCAUCGUUAUUUAAAAGCAAUUACCUUGAUUACUUCCACCACUGAUCUGAGUAGUGUGACACUGUACUGAGUGACAGAGGAGGAUCAUGGACAGAACAUUAAGACAGUAAACAUGACAGAAAAACAUUAAUAACCCUAUUAGUUACAACUUACAACUUUUCUGGUAAAGGGAACUUAUUAGAAAGUGGUACCAGUGUUCCCUUAAAAAGAUGUCAGUGUGUCAGUAUUAGUGCAGCCAUUUAAGCUCCAUAAUGCUAAUUCUUCUCUCUUCCUAAAAGCAAUCUAUAAUGUCACAUUUAACUUUUGGACAUAUUCAUCUUCUUAUUGUAGAGUGAGAAGCUGAAUUUGAUCUUAUAUUAAUAACCCUUUAUAUUUAAACCCUUUAAUAUUGGAAAGAAAUCAAUUAAUUUUCCAGCAUAAUCCAUCCACUUCUAUCUGCUAUACAACCAAGAAAAGGACUACAAGAUUUUCCACAAUAAUUUGACUCAGUGAGAUGAAGUAACAACACAGUGUUCAGUAUCAGUACAAACAUACAGCUUUACUUGAAGUGUUGCUAAUAGCAUAUCACAACUGCAUUAAGAACACAUCCUGUGCUUGGUAGCUAAUUAUUUUUAACAGUGCGUCAACGCUUUGCACUCAGGUAAAAGGUGGAAUAAUGAUGGUGCAGCUAUACAGCUACUGACUUUAAUGGACUUAAUGACAUUAAAGUUUAAAGUACUAAAGUUGUACAUGAAUAUGACAGAAAUCUGUCAACCUUCUACAGUAUUUUGUUCAGCAUAGAUACAGUCGUUGUUUAGUCACAUGAGAAACUACUACAUUGAUUAUGAUUAAUUAAACUCACCAUAAUAUAAAUACCCUACAGGCAUUAAUGCCACGAUGUAAUAGACUAGCAUGCUUUUGUGAAUUCAGUGGACAUUACCAGACAGUAUAGCAGCGCUAUUACUCAAUGUGACCAUGUUUUGACAAUGUGCUGUAAUGUUAUCACCCAGGGAUUUGCAACCUCAAGAACAAUAGGUCCUCGGAGGAUGAUUUUUUAUUUUUUUUUUAACCAGUGGCUAAACAGUCUAACACUGUUUAGAUAAAGCGUUAGAUUAUUUUUGUUUAUCAAAAAACAGCUCCAAUAUUGCCAAAGCCAAACCCACCAGACUGAAUUUAAAUAAACAGUAGCCUAAUUUUAGCGUGUAUCGAGUCAGCAUAUUUUCACAUGUAACUGGGUGAAUUACAGGUUUAUGUCAACCAAACCAGAACUUGUGAUUGUUAAAACAGUGGAUAGACAAACCAUUUUCUGUAACUUUUAUUUUGUUUCUGUUGCCUUCAAAUGAAGUGUGUUGUAAGAUAAUACAAUUACUGUUUAUUUAAAUAGAGUCUGGUGGGUUUGAAGAAAGCAAUUUUGGGGCUGUUUCUAUCAUAAACAUGGCACAGAAGGGACACAAAGGCUCAAUUCUUCUCCGGUUUGACAAGAGCAAGGUUUAUUACCAAAAGACAGGCAGGGUUCGGUACACAGAGAAUCAAACAAGACAGGCUAAGGUAUCCAAAUCGUGAGGCAAAAGCUAGAUCAAAGACAAAACUGUUAUUACCGGCAAGACGAGACAAGAAAGAGUGCUGGGACGAAGACUGUAACGUACGACGAACUGGCAGUGAGACAGGGGAAGACAUGAGGAUUAAAUACAUGAGGUGAAAGGGGGUGAUGAGACACAGCUGGGGAGGAACAAUCAGGAAACAGGUGUGACAGCGCCAGACAGGAAGUAAAACCUACGGGGACAAGGAGAGACAGGUGAAUCUUUCAAAAUAAAACAGGAAGUACAGGACAAGACACAAAACAUGAACACAAAAUGGGUGACUUAACUAACUGAAAACAGGAUCAUGACAGUUUCUGAUUGAACAAAAUGGAUCAUACUCUUUAACAAAAAUGUCUAUAGGGAUGCUUUCAAUAAUCUUGUCAGACACUUAUAAUAGAAAUCUGAUCCUGUCAGUGGCAAAAACAAACACUUUUAGUGGGCACUUUUAGUGGAUGUAAAUUGACAGUGUGAAUACUUCCUGAGUGGUUGUGUUGCUUUGGCUCGAAUGCUGCUCUCUCUCAAUAGUGGACCAAUUUUAAAAAAAAAUGUUCUUCCCAUCGAUCACUUAGACAUAAAAACAUGCAAAAAAAAGAAAAAGAAAAUAAAAUACCCUUUAAUGCUAGAUUUUUAGGUUUAUUUGAUGCACAGAAAGCCACACAGCAACUUUUCAGCAUUGUAGCAAAUGCUAAAUUUUCCCACUUGGAUGUGACCUUUCUUGGCCGUUUCCAUAAACACAGACUGUAUCUAUGAUGUAAUGUCCAUGGACUUACUAGUAGCAUUGAUUAUCGAGUGCCCCAGGAUUGAGACCCAAACCCUGGAAAUGAGUUAGCAUUUUUGCACUUUCAGUUCCCACUAGGUGUUAAACUCAAUGGAUUUUAUGAAUGUGUUUUUGGUUAGAUGCCUGAAACAAGGUCUGCUUAACAGACUUUCAUGUUUUUUUCAACAAUAUAAAAUUCAUCAGUAAAUACCCCAUUAAUGAAUUUUGAAGCUUGUGUCUUAAAAAGGUGGUUGCUAACAAGCGGCUAAAUGAGACAACAAAACGUCAUCACGCAGUAGUAGUCGCAGUAGUAGUUUAUAGCCCACCGGUGGCUUUUACUUCUGGUGAUUGCAUUCAUGCUUCAAAAAUCAUACAGGUGGUGUUUAUUUGUGAGAAUUAUCUCACUUAACAAAAUGUGUAAACAUUUGUUUGCCACAGAGACUUUCUUCUGCAAUAAUCCAAAAUCCAAUGGAAAAAUCUCACAGGUUUUUUGACUAGGGAACCAUGCUAACAUCUGUGUUGGCCUACAGAAAAUGACCAUCCCUGGAUCACUCUUUAGAAAUCUUUGGCUUUAAAGCAAAAUUGUGUAACUUUUGCGAAAAAAUAAUUGACAAGUAAAGGCUAAUGGUGAAUGCUAAAUCAUAGAGUGACAGCAGAACAAGAGUUGUCCAGUCAGCUAUCUUACUCUGUCAAGGUUGUUAGCAAUAGCUACCUAAAGUUUACUGACAAUACAGGGUAGCUAACAUUAGCCCCAUAAGCUAGUGGUCAUGCCAGACCAUGUAAGGCUGUAGCAAACAAAACUCCUCAGUGUAUUUAAUAGUAAAAGGAUGUUUAUUUCUUUCGACAAAAGUUACGCAGUCUUGCUUUAAACACUAAUUUCAUCAUUAAUCAUUUGACCCGACCGUCCUUCCUGUUUUGCUUAUUUCACAACUUUAACCACAACUUAAAUGGUUUUAAUAUGUUACAUGUGUUUUAAAAAGUGCUACUAUUUAUUUUUCAGUAUUUUUGAAAAGUACUUGUCAUUUUAACUAAUGAUACCAUUUUAAAAGCAAAUGGCUCUGGGUGACUUAAAAGUUUCAUGUUGGUGUCAGAUAGAUGUGCAGCAUGUGACAGGCUUUAAAACGGGCAGUCUGUGGUUUUUAACAUUGGCAUACAUCUGUGCCACGAGAGACUAAAUAUCAAGGGAAACAACCUCUAAUGUUUACAUAUUGCUAUUUGCAUGCAUGGGAAUGGCCAUAUUGUUAUUGUCAUAAUUUUAUAUUGUUAAGAAUCUGUAAGUCCAUUUGUUAUUCAGCUACUAUACGUUCACAACUUGUGUUGUAGAUCUAUGUGUGGGGAGUAUAUAUAAAAUUUCAUCACUUAAAGAACCUCAACAAAAUCCUCCACAGUCAUGAUAUGUUCAAAACUUGAGUUUCUAUCAGAGAAUAACAUUACUUUAAAUGUUAUAAAAAUGUUAAAUUAUUGUCAAAGUUUUAAUUGUUGUGGAAAUAUAACAUACGGUCAAAAUUAAAAAAAAAUAUGAAUUAACUCUGACUUAAUGGUGGAAAAUGUAAUUUUUACAGAGAUAUAAUAUGGUCAAACCUUCAGUUGUUAUAGACCUAUAGUAUUAUGGUCAAAGCAUCUUGUCAUAGUGAUAAAUGUUAAAAUGAGAUAUCUUUAAAGUGACAAAUGUGAAUAUUUUCAUACUAAACUGUAUAAUA